AUGGCUCUCUCCAACUUAAAAUCUAACAGAACUCUUUCUUCAUCACUCAUCACAAUCUUCAUCAUUUCCCUCUUCCUACAAUACCACAAUAUCAAAUCACAAUCAUCAUGGCAAUCACGACAAGUACCACGAUCAGAAACCGUUGCUUUCAGCAUAACGGAAUUCGAGAAAGAAAAUCCCGACAUAUUUUUAAGGGGUGACACCUCAAUCUCCGACGGCAUUUUAAGACUAACAAAAACUGACCAAUCUGGUAAACCACUCCCUAAUACCGUUGGACGUGCGACAUACCUCACGCCAAUUCAUAUUUGGGAUAAAACUAGUGGAGAACUAGCUGAUUUCUCCACUAGUUUCUCCUUUAUCGUGAACACAAACGAUUCAGAUCUCCAUGGAGACGGAUUCGCUUUCUAUCUGGGACCACUACAUUUUGACGUACCAAAAAAUUCAAGCGGAGGGUAUCUUGGUCUUUUCGACCCAGAAAAUGCAUUUCCUCCAUCCAAAACCCCAAUAUUAGCUAUUGAAUUUGAUGGUUUUACAAAUGAAUGGGACCCUCCUUCAUCAUUUCAAUCUCCUCACAUUGGAAUUGAUGUUGGGUCAAUUGUUUCCCUUGAAUAUGCACAAUGGCCUAUUAAUUUUGUGCCAAGAAAUGCUUUAGGAGAAGCUAACAUAAACUAUAACUCAGAGUCUAAAAGAUUGAGUGUGUUUGUGGCUUAUCCUGGGACUCAGUGGAAUUCCACUAGGGUUUCAGUUGUUGUUGAUCUAAGGAGUGUUUUGCCUGAAUGGGUUAGAAUAGGUUUCUCUGCAACUACAGGAGAACUGGUUGAAACACAUGAUAUCAUUAAUUGGUCUUUUGAAUCAGCCUUGUAAUAACCAGUAACUCUUGAAGUUUGGGGAGUUAAAUUAUUACUUUCAAUAUUCAUAACUUCAAAGCUCAUUUGUGCCCAUAUGAUAAGAACCGAUAUUUUAUUCGUCCUUUUGUUAAUUAAGCUUAAAUUCAAACUAAAGUUGCCAUGUCAGUAUCAUUAGCCAUCAACUAACGUCAAAAAUAGAUAUAGAUAAGGGAGCGAGACAAAAGAGAGUGCUCGGAUUGCUUCCCAUCUCCACUUAAGAACAAAUAUAAGACUUCAGCACAGAAGCAUUACCUCCUCCAAAAUUCAAUUCUUCCAUUUCCAAGAUGCAUGAUCAAGAUAUAUCAUACUCCAACUUGUGGGAGGCUUUUGGAAUUAAAUAAAAACAAGAUAGAGUUUAGUUUGCUUGAGGAUAUAGAAGAGGAACACCAUAAUUUGCAGUAACUUGUAGUGCAAGCUAUUGCUAUCUUUGAGCUAUUUUAGUUAGAAAGCUUCCAUAACUAUUUUCCUAUAUUCUUGGAAAGUUUUAUCUUGUAUGCUAGUGUGGAGUUUAGCCUAGUGUGAUCCAUCACUAAGAUAGUAUGAAUACUUGUAAGCUUGCAAAUUCACUCAUUAUGUGAGAUUUCAAUACAAUUAAUAUACACUAUGUUUUCUC